AUGCCUCGUCUAUCAAACCGAGCGAAAGUGUUGUAUCCGUGUUCGCUUUUAACUUUGUUUAUACUUAUAAACCUCUUAAGAAACAAGGGAGAAUUUGACAAAACGAGGUCCCUUGUCUCGCCAAAGGCAAAGAAGGAAGUCAACUUGCUUAUCGUUACACAAGGUCGCAGUGGUUCAACUUUUCUUGGCCAGAUUUUAGACAUGCACCCAAAUGUUUUCUACAUCUACGAGCCUUUACGUUCGGUAGAAAAAGCAGAAAAUAUUUUGAACUUUUAUUCGGUCAACAUAACGGAAAGUUACUGUAACUCGCUAAUGCAGUUCUUGGAUGGUAUACUUAAUUGUCGAUUUAAAAAAUCCAAAGUCCUAGAUGAAUUUUCCACGCCUGGACACUUUCGUUAUUCAAGCCGUGUUCUGAGGUCGCCGCCUUUGUGCAAACGGGAGCGCGAGUGCGGUGUCUUAGACGCAGACGAACUUAACAAAGUAUGCCGCGUCCGACAUAAGGCUACGGUGGUAAAAAUUCUUGACCACAGAAUUCCGCCGAAAGAUUUUCGUAAGACCUUUGCAGAAGCCCUAGAAGGCAGCGAUUAUCAGAGUAAAGUACUUUAUCUGUUUCGCGAUCCACGGGCGAUCAUCGCAUCCAUGGAUGGGGAUUGGAUAGGCAUUAAGAACUCUGUCGGGGAGAUCAUAGCUCCCUAUAAUCCUGAAAGUGCAGAGUUCAGUCGAUAUGCCCGAUCAAUCUGCGCGCAAAUGGAGGAAAGCCUCGGCUUUGCGGAGAGUCCGCCAUCUUGGCACGCGCUCGAAACAAUGCUCUUGCGAUAUGAGGAUCUGGUCAUGAGUCCUGAAAAAGUCGUGAAACAAGUGUUUGAAUUUAUUGGCAUGGACCCUCCACUUGGAAUCGAGUCUUGGCUCGACCAACACAUGAAUUUCAAACAAGCGGAUUUGCACGAUAGCGAGGGUAAAUAUCUGAUCAGGAAGAACUCUACGCUAUCACUUAAUAAAUGGCGUUUGAAGUCGUCUGCUGGGCUCAUUCGUGUCGUGGAAAAACACUGCAAGCACCUGAUGGACCGUCUGGGGUACAAAACACUCGAUGGGUCACGUGACUUGCAGAAACGCCUCACCUACAGUCUGAUCAGGGAGAUUUGACACUCUGAUCAGGGAGAUUUGACAGUCUGAUCAGGGAGAUUUGACAGUCUGAUAGUGAUAUAUGACAGUCUGAUAGUGAUAUAUGACAGUUUUCACAGUGAUAAUCAGUGAGAAUCAACAGUGGUAACCAGGGAAAUCUAACUGUCUAACAGAAAUAUUUGACAAUCUAUUCAGGGAGAUUUAAUAGUCUUAUCAGAGAGAUUUGACAUUCUGAUCAAAAGUCAACUAAAGAUUGCUCGUUAAAACGGGGCCUUCCUGCGUACAUACGAAGCGCUUUCAGAAAUGGCUCGGCCUCAUUAUAACGCAAAAACGAUAUACAACGAGAAGUUUACCAUUUUGCUACAACGCGUCAUCGUUUCGAAGGAUUACAUUUUCGUCCAUUCACACGGCACCCAAUGGGCAUCGGGCUGUUCCGUUUUCGAUCGUUUUCGCGGAUACAUGUUGACAAUAUGUACCGUAUCCGUGAAAAAGGGCGUUCUGGGCACAGGCUUACCAACCUCUCAGUCAGUCUUCAGUCCCAGUAACUAGCCCGAAUAUUUUCACGAUUGAUCACCUGUAAUUGUCCUAUAAUUGUUUUAUAUUCUAGAAUAAAGUUCGAAAUAAACUCUCA